AUGAACCGAGUUCUCGGGUCUCUGCUACUUCUUGCGACAGUAGCUCGAUCAGCAGAUAACAUCCACAAUGUGACGAAUAGGUGGGACGUCUUCUGGCAGCUCGCCGACUUAGAUGCGCAAUUCCCCAACAAAUCAGGCAGUGUCUAUUUUGGGAGUCAAAACUACACAUGGUGCUGCCUCAAAGCCGUCUACGUCGGUCUAGACAUUUUGAACGGAACGUUGGUCAUCGCCAAUAACUCUAUUACUAAAAUAGGAACAUCUACAACAGGUGACCUUCGAGACGCCGCUCUCCGAAGUCAGUUUCCCUGCGACGCCAAGUACAACGAUGCACAUCUUGGGGGCGCCCCUGAGGUGCAAGUCCAAUAUGCAUGGUUCAUCGACAACUGCCCAGGCUGGUCUCUCAGUGACAAGUCUAACCUGAAUGCUUGGCUUCACUCUCUGUCGGGUUUCUUGCUACCAGCCGUGGUAUUCUGUCUGUCGGUGCCCAGACGAAGGAAACUUCAUGUUUAUCGCGCCUUGUUUGUAGCAGAUAUCGCCGGCAUCAAAAGUAUCAUUCCAGCAAUUAUCGGUGCCAUUUUGGCAGGCAUAAUUGUCACAGUCGAUACGAUCAUAUGGCUCUCCAUCUGCUUCGCCUUCGCCGGCCCCAUGAUUCUGAGCGGCCUCUAUGAAGCGUUGCUAGAUAACCGGGUUCUGGAGUUUCUCAGAGACAAAAUCCAAAAUAAGCGACUGACGCUCGACAUGCGGUGCCGUUGCCUCAUGCUGGUAUUGAUUGGGAACCUUGAUCUCGCUCUAGACCGCGAGACCCUGAAAUGGGGGAGACAAGCAUAUAUUCCCGCCGUAUCAGCAAUACCUCCGGAAAAUGGGCACAUAUCACACCAGGAUCACACUGCACAAGGGGAAUUUAUGACAGGAUCAACGCCUCAGGAAGCUCGUACUGUCGAGAACAGAGAUAUACAACUUGGAUCCUUAGCCCAUCGAGAACAAGCAACUGUCAAUGAUGCCAACCAGGAUUCCCACGGUAGAACCUCGCCCCAAACUGUCGCAAACUCAACAUCAAUGGAUACAGAACCGCCGAAUCAGAGCAUCAGACGGCGUUCAUCCGCUCCGCAGCCAAAUGCGAACAACGCCGCCUCAACGCAGGCAUUUCCACGUCAUUCCACUGGUCACCUAACGGCAUCUCCUUGGCGUCACAUGGAGACUUUACUCUAUGAUCUACGGCUUUACGAUGAUGACAAUGUCUCUAGGGGCCAGUCUCCGCUUAGAACCAAAACCCGACUCCGAACGAUGUUGCACUGCCAGUAUUCGUUCGGGUCGAUUGUUGGUGCACCAGUAAUCUUCUUCCUCGGAGGAUUUAUCUUUUCGUUCCUAACUAGCCUUGACGAGUUGGGAGAUGAAAACAUCGCGGAAUCCAUCGCUUUUGGAUCAUGGUACAUGAUUAUUCCUCAUAUCGCCAUCAUUUCCGGGUUACUACUUGCUGGAAACAAUCCCAACAUCCUGGAGGGGGUUCUGGCAACAGAGCGCGAUCCGGAAGAUCCCGAAGAUCCAACCUACGUCUUUGGUUUCUUACGCUUCGAUCUGGUCUAUCCCAGUUGCUACAAGGUGGCCUGGCAAUGGCUUCGCGGCCACACCAAGAAGCAAUGGAUCGAGCAGCUUCUGACAGUCUAUAGCAGAAGAACUGAUGUCGAGUAUCGAGGCCACGAGGAUAUCGAUGGCGAUAUGAAGGAUCUACGCUUCAGAACUACCUUGUCGCUCCUCGACUGGUUCGUCUUGCUCUUCCUCACUCUGCUCCUCGUCGGUAUCCCCUACCUGUUCGCAUUCAUGCUGGCCUUCUUCACGCCCCAGAUCGGGCUGUCCUGCCGCUCCCUGACGUUCUUGGUCUACUUUGGUCUCCAGCUCGCGCAGAUUGGUCUAUGGCUAUGGGCUUACAUCGGCGCCCCGGGCGACGUCACCAACCCCAAACGCCGCAUCAGAGCAUUGGACAUGUUUAGAAAGGGAGGCUGGCUCGAUCAUCGAAAAUUCUACGAUCCCUCAACGGCUCCGUGGCACGAAGACACGCACUCGCCCAGCUCCAAGCUGGCGGACUUCCUAGCCCACGCCAGCAAACCGGGAUCCUGGACCUUGCACACUUUUUGGUCCUCGCUGUACUACUCGUUGCAAAUCAUCUUUGGGCUGAGCGCCGUUUUUGUCAGUCUCGGCGGUACUUUGAUGCAAAUCAUGGGCGUGUACCGCACCAACAUGUGCUUCGUCAACGUGCAUUACUGGUUGGAGCCGAAGGAGAGACGUCCCCCAGUUGUGUUAUCGGUGAACAGCCGGGAAAUGAUUAAUUCCGCCACAAAAUACUGGAAGCCAGUCGCCAUUGCCGCGAUAGCGUUCAUGGCGGUUGUGAGCUUCGUAGGCUGGUGGUACCAGCGACGUAUGCGCGACGUGUUUGGGCAAUUGGUGAAGAAGAUUGACAAGGUUGAGUUCGAACGUGAGUGGCCAUUCCGCCCCCGACCAGCUCUGGGAACCAUGACGAACGGUGCCAUCGACGGACAGCAAAACUAG